AAACGAAGAGCAUAAAUAAGAGCAUUUACUUGAAUAACACCUCUAGAAUGGAAAACGAAGGAGCCUCCACCGUCUGCCCCCUCGAUCCCGGAAGUCCAUUGUUUCUGUCCAGCGACGGCUUCGAGCCCGCCUGUGUUCUCUUUCCUCACGCCUGCUUCCACUUCCCCUCGAAAGACAAAAAGGAGGCGUAUGACUUUAUGGAUAAGGUCGUCGACAAGCAUCACCGCUUAUGCGAUGAAAGGCAACGUUUGGGCCUUAAGAGGCAAACACUCGAGGCCCGAAUUGCCCGUAUCGAGAGGAAGGUAAGGGCAAUGGAGAGCGACCCUUUUUAAUGGGAGUAGAGGAACUUUGACAGUGUGGCGAAGAUCCUGCACAUGCUCUGGAUGUAUCUCCGUGCUCGAGGCCAAGUCCCUGGUCCUGUAAACGCUCCGGUCCAAGUGAUCCCGUCUGCCAGUGAAGACGUUGACGACGAAGAGGAGGACAGCAACCCCUGGAAGCGCGUGA